AUGGGGGGCACACACCAGAGUUUUGGGACUCCCCCCACCUUGGACUAUUGUGCUCAUAUCUGCAGCAGAUGCUGUGCUGAGUUUGUUGAACUACCAGAUCUGGAACUACAUGUCAGGGAUUGCUUUUCCAAUCAGUUAGUCCUGAUUGUCAAUGACAAUGAAGACCCAGUGUCGUCUGCUGAAAUAUUCCCUCUGGCCUCGUCGCCCAGUACACCAGGGGAACCAAGCGAAACAGUCAACAACUCUGAAAUGGAAGAGUGCAGUGAUCUGUUGGAGGAGAAAUCAGAGGGGAAUGAAGACUCUAUGGACGUUUCCAGAAGUAAGAGUAGCAAUGGCCGGCUAGAUAGCACCAGUAGCAGCCGGAGCAGCAGUACUGACAGCAUGACGGAUAUUGUCUCAUGUAUCUCAGUUCUCCCAAUUUCACUACCUCAACCUGGCAACAACGUGACGGAACAGCAGGGGACAUUAUCAUGGUUCAACAGCAACGUCGUCAUUGAAAACAUAGAGAGCACUAAAGUGGCCGUGGCCCAGUUUUGCCAGCAGAGCCGAUCGGAUACCAGCAGUAAGAUGGCAGUCUCAUCUCUGAUGGAGAAACUCCUGGCUCUGCAGCUGCAACAGAUCCACCAGCUGCAGCUGAUUGAUCAAAUUCGUCACCAGGUCUUACUGUUUGCCUCCCAGAGGUCUGAGGUAUCAGAGACUCCGACACAGACACCCACCAGCUGCCCUCAGGGUAGUCUAGCAUCAACGCAUGCCAGCCAGCUGACAACCCUCAGUUCUCAUCUAUCCCAGCAGCUAGCUGCAGCCACUGGGUUAGCCCAUAGUCUUGCCAGUCAGUCUGCCAGCAUCAGCCACUUUAAACGAUUAAAAGCAACAGUACAGUCACCACAGAGCCCCCUUGGUAGCAGCAUUGUGCACUCUAGCACCGAACCCUUACAAAGCAUGGGUAAACUCAUAGCUUCAGCAGUUAGCAAGCACCACUCUAGAAAGAAGUACACUCAUGCUAGUGGUCUGUACCCUCAACUAAAUGUUUCAGCCCAAACCAAAAUGAACUCACCAGCACUUGGCACAGGUAUCUUGCUAAACCCAUCAAAUAAACCAUGUCUACCUCAACCACCAUCCAGCAAUCAAACACUCUCUAGCGCUGGACCAAGCAUUGGUGCAAUUGUGGAGGAUCGGAAUGCUUUGACGGCGUUAGCCCAACAAAGGAAAGGCAAACCAAACAAUGUGACUUCUUUAGAACGCAAAAGGUCUUCUGAACAGGCUUACUUUAAACACAAAUGCAGAUUUUGCGCUAAGGUAUUUGGGAGUGACAGUGCCAUGCAGAUCCAUUUGCGAUCCCACACUGGAGAGAGGCCAUACAAGUGCAACAUCUGCGGGAAUCGUUUCUCCACCCGUGGGAACUUGAAGGUACACUUCCAGCGGCACAAAGAGAGGUACCCCCACAUCCAGAUGAACCCUUACCCUGUUCCAGAACACAUGGACAAUAUCCCAACCAGCACAGGAAUCCCUUAUGGCAUGUCUAUGCCACCCCAGAAACCAGUCACAUGCUGGCUGGAGAGUAAACCAUCCCUAGACACCUUGACUACUUCUGUUGGCCUGUUGCUCCCAAAUGUAUCACUCAACUUACCCUUUCAUAUCAAGAAAGAGGAGCAGCCUGUCUCAAUAACCACGCCUUCCAGUCCAGGCGUACGUGAAUCAUCCAGUGUAGUAAAGUCUACCAAGAGCAUUGACCUUGUAGAGCCUGGAAAGGUCCCCACCUUGAAUCUGAAAAGAGAAGAUGUUAAACCCCCUUUGACCUUUGUCUCAAAGAUGAGCUCGACAAAAGAGGGAUCAGCUGACUAUAUAUCCGCCAACAUCACUUCCAUAAGCACGAAUCCCAUCAAGUCGGAGCAGUUCAAGAUCAAACAUCCAUUCGUAGGAGGAGUCCAUGAUCCCCUGCAGACAUCAGAGACCUCGAAACUCCAGCAGCUGGUGGAGAACAUUGACAAGAAGGUGACAGACCUCAACGAGUGCAUAAUUUGCCACCGCAUACUUAGUUGCCAGAGCGCCCUCAGGAUGCACUAUCGCACCCACACAGGAGAGCGGCCCUUCAGAUGUAAAGUGUGUGGACGGGCGUUUUCCACCAAAGGGAAUCUAAAGACGCAUCAUGCGGUUCAUCGUGCCAUGCCGCCACUGAGGGUCCAGCACUCCUGCCCCAUCUGCCAGAGGAAGUUCACCAAUGCUGUUGUCCUACAGCAGCACAUUCAUAUGCACAUGGGCGGCCAGAUUCCCAACACCCCUCUCUCUGAACAGAGCUACCCAAAGGCAAUGGAGUCUGGUGGAGGUUCAAUGGAUGAAAGGAAAUUAGAAGAGUUGGAGAACCUUUCUGACAAUGAUAUGGACUUCAAUGACAGUACGAUUGCAGGCAUGUCCAGGUUUAUUAACUCCUUAUCUGGUAGCUUGUCUCCUUCUGAUAGUACAGGAGCAGGCUCCUUUGAUGCCCAGAUGAAACUCAACUAUCAUAGGCCAGUGGAGGAGAUGCAGGUCAGCUGGUUUAAGACAAAGGGAAUGGCUAAAGAGGAUCAACAGGUCUAUGACUCAUCAUCUCUUGGAGGUGACCGAAGUGAUGGGAGACUUGCUGUUUCUGAGAAUACAGCUGCCAAGCACUUUUUUUCCUCAAGCAAGAGUGUUCCAGUAUGUUCUAGCCCCACAAGCUUUGAGGAAAGUUACCAGAAUGCUUUAUCCCAGGCACAUAUCAUUCCAAGCCCUCUGCAGUUCACUGGCACUGGCAUGGCAUCUCUUCACCACCUAAAAUCUUUAAACCCACUAAAGGAUCCCACUAAUAUGGUCCACACAUUCUGUGAACAACGAGGCAUUUUUAAGAACACUGCAUGCAAUAUUUGCGACAAGAGCUUUGCCUGCCAAAGUGCUUUGGACAUCCAUUAUCGAAGCCAUACCAAGGAGAGACCAUUCAUUUGCACAGGGUGCAACAGAGGGUUUUCCACUAAGGGGAACCUCAAGCAGCACAUGCUAACCCAUCAGAUGAGGGACCUGCCAUCCCAGUUGUUUGAGCCCUCCAUUCCCAACCUUGCUUCCAGCCCCAAUUCCUCUGUACAUCCUCUGAGCUCCCAAAUGAUCAAGCCAGAAGUGAACAGUUUCCUGGGUAGCGCCCCCUAUGGGGAACCAAGGGAUCUUCUAGGCAGUUUGAGUUUGAGGAUGUCCUCAGCCUCCCCCUCCCCAGAGCUCGCUGCCCUGCCACCUCGACGAACUCCCAAGCAGCAUUACUGCCACACUUGUGGGAAAACCUUCUCUUCCUCCAGCGCCCUGCAAAUCCACGAGAGGACUCACACUGGGGAGAAGCCAUUCGCUUGCACUGUCUGUGGUCGGGCAUUCACCACCAAAGGAAAUCUGAAGGUCCAUAUGGGAACUCACAUGUGGAGUAGUGCCCCCACCAGGCAAGGACGCAGACUGUCUGUGGACGGACCAUUGAUGUUUAUGGGAACCCAUCCUGUGAAGCUAUCAGAGCCUCCUCAGAGGCCAGACAUUAGGUCCAGUAAUGGAGACUCCUUUAGUCUCUGGAACCACCGUACAGACUCCUUCUCUAAGAAUUUGACUAUGAGGACCAAUGAUAUCUCAGUCAUCCAGAACGGAGGUGGACCUUACCUCUCUGGACCAAUUGGGCAUGGGGCCAGCUCACCCAAAGGUGGUGUAAAUGUUGGUCUAGACAAAUUGCCCCAUACAGAACACAAUGCUUCUUUGACGCUGCCUGGGGAAAAUGAUACAGAAAGAGCGACUUACUUCCGUUUCACUCAUUUGAUAGAGGAGAGGAAGGAAAUGAUUGCCAAUUAAAGAGACUGUAUAUUAUUUUAGGGGGCGGGAAGGCUACAGUAUAUUGUUGAUGGACUACAGCUUUCUUUUUUGAAGGAAAUCAACUGCGAUGCUGGAAUAGACUGAGUUUCUUUGAGUUUGUGUAUAACUGAUAAUAACCUUAUUUGGAGUCAAGUGUCUAGUAAAGACCCCCUGCUUUUCAGUGUGCUUAUUUACACGGGUAAAAUAGCCUACUGGUUGUGUAAUUAUGCUUAAUGUUAUGGUUUUUAUCAUUCUAAUAUAAUUUUGAGGUGUUGAUUAUGUUAUUGAAGAGGAACUCACUUGUAACAUACUUUGUCAUAUCUUUGUGAAAUACAUGGAUAGAUAAUUUAUGUG